GGGGGAUGUAUUUUGUCAUUUCAUGGAAGCUGCACUGGGAACUACUUUUUUGGGGGACCCUUAAUAUCUAUUAAAGGAAUAUCUGGAUAGAACCUACACCACUGUGAAUAUAUAAUGCUAAAAUGGCACUCGCCAAUAUGGUCAAGGAGGCGGACAUCAAGGCAGCACUGGAGGCAUGCAAAGCUGCUGAUUCAUUCGACCACAAGAAAUUCUUCGCCAAGAUUGGACUAGCAGGCAAAUCUGCUGAUGAUCUGAAGAAGGCCUUUGCAAUCAUUGACCAGGACAAGAGUGGUUUCAUUGAGGAGGAGGAGUUGAAACUGUUCCUUCAGAACUUCUGCGCGAAGGCAAGGGCAUUGACUGAUGGCGAGACUAAGAAGUUAAUGAAAGCUGGCGACACUGAUGGCGAUGGCAAGAUUGGAAUUGACGAGUUCAGCCACAUGGUUAAGGGUUAAGCACUCAACUGCAACUGCACAGAUCUUGCUCCGAAGGAACAACAUUGCCCAAGACCUCCCAUUUUCAUCUAAUAAAACAUUAUUUUUAUAUUUGCUUAUGGAGAGAUUCCUCCCACAGCACCAUUUUCUCCAAAAUGAUGAUUACGAAUGUAGUCGGUUGCGUCUCAUGUCUUAAAUAUGAAUUGUAAAAUGUAAAAUCUACAAUGCACUUUUCGAGAAAGAACGAUAAGGAAAGAAUAAAUAUUCUUUUGCAAUA